UCUAUGCGCGUAAAUAGUGACUUUUUCUCAAUGACGUGUUGCGCAUGAUCUGAAUAUUGGAAAGCAGAAGGAGAAACUGGAACUAAACACCGUGACACCGCAAACAUACACGCCUAAAAAUGAAACAAAGUCUUACCUCUUCUGGAACUGGUGUGUGAACUCAAUUCUGCAAUGAAAGGAGACAUUGAGCCUUCGUGUGUGAAAACAUAAAAAUAACUGUAUGCAUUAAAAAAAUUCCAAAUCGUGUCUUGUAUGACAGUCUGAGCAGAGGCUGCACAACACAUGAUUGACGGCGGGGGUUUUGGUGUUUCUGUCUGCGGUCGGCUCUCUCAUUGGCUGACAACAUCCACAGCCAGGAAUGCAGCUCUGAGAUUGGCUGCGAGUCCUCGCCAGCUGUACUUCAAAGAACACGCUCUCUACAACUAGGUAGUGUUUGGAGCAGCGAGCCAAGAGAGAAACCGUGUGACCCGAGUCAAACACGGUGAGGCUGAAGCAGGUUGGAGCCGUUCAGCGUUGAAACAGCGAACUCUCUCAUCACAGCACAGACCCUGGAUAUGGCUACGUCUAUACUUGGGGAAGAGCCACGGUUUGGAACUACACCUCUAGCGAUGCUGGCUGCAACUUGCAACAAAAUUGGCAACACCAGUCCUCUUACAACUUUACCUGACUCCAGCGCUUUCUCCAAAGGUGGAUUUCACCCGUGGAAGAGAUCCUCUUCCAGCUGUAACCUGGGAUCCAGUCUGCCCGGCUUCACAGUAGCAACGAGCCGCGCGUCUACGGGAUUAACACCGACCGGCGGCACCGGCAACAGCGCCUUCUGCUUAGCCUCCACCUCCCCGACCUCCUCUGCGUUUUCCACUGAGUACAGCGGGCUGUUUUCCAACUCCGCGAGCGUCACAUCCCAGGAGACCGGACAGUCAGCUUUUAUCUCCAAAGUCCACACUUCAGCAGAGACUCUAUACCCGCGCGUGGGGAUGGCGCACCCGUACGAGUCGUGGUACAAGUCCGGUUUCCACUCCACCAUCUCUGGAGAUGUUGCCAACGGUGCGUCCUCGUGGUGGGACGUCCACACUAAUCCUGGGUCGUGGCUCGAUGUCCAAAACCCAGCGGGCACCCUCCAGACCUCACUGCACUCCGGGACGCCUCAAGCCAUCCACUCCCAGCUGAGCGGCUACAACCCGGACUUCUCCUCGCUGACGCACUCGGCGUUCAGCUCCACGGGGAUCAGCCCUUCUGCGUCCCACCUCCUGUCCACCAGUCAGCACCUGCUAACGCAGGACGGCUUCAAAACUGUCAUCCCUACUUACACAGACGCUUCCGCUGCCAACGCCAUGAUUUCUGGGGGCAGUUCAGGAAUAAGUAGCUCCUCCAGGUCGUCCAGGAGGUACUCCGGCAGAGCAACAUGUGACUGUCCGAACUGCCAGGAAGCCGAACGGCUGGGACCCGCCGGGGCCAGCCUGCGAAGGAAAGGACUCCACAGCUGCCACAUUCCCGGCUGCGGUAAAGUGUACGGGAAGACUUCUCACCUGAAGGCGCAUUUGAGGUGGCACACCGGCGAGCGGCCUUUUGUCUGCAACUGGCUUUUCUGUGGCAAAAGGUUCACGCGGUCAGAUGAGCUGCAGAGACACCUGCGCACCCACACCGGCGAGAAACGGUUCGCGUGUCCGGUGUGCAACAAGCGCUUUAUGCGGAGUGACCAUUUGAGCAAGCACAUCAAAACUCACACGGCCGGAGGAGGAGGCAAAAAGGGCAGCGACAGUGACACCGACACCAGUAACCUGGAGACCCCGAGGUCCGAGUCUCCUGAACUUAUUUUGGAUGGGGUGAAUCCCAGAAUCACUGUAAAGGAUCCGUCUCCUCACGACGAGCCCUAAUGAGGCUCCACCAAAAUAAAACUUAAAAAACUG